AUGUCUUCUAUGGAUCGAGGAAAACUUCUUCUCCGCUCUUGGGACCAAGGUCUGAUCGCGCAGGAGCUCAGCAAGCACAAGCUCAUUCCGCGGAAGUUAUCUCCAGAGGCUGUGAAAGCUGCACAGGGUCUCGUCGUCCCCAACACCACCCCGGAGAGCAAACUCUCAACGGGCACCUUCUCAGGAACAUCCAAGGCCUUGACCCAGGUCUUCAAGAGCAUCGAAGACAGAUUCCACUCUUAUUUUGAUGUCACUGGCAUUGAGCCAUCCAUUCCGCAAGGAACGAACCGUGAGGAUGCCGUGAGCAUCUAUAACUGGUCUCCCAAGGAUGGCACAAAGGCCGACCGCUAUCCACCCCAUCUGGACCUGAUCCCGUCGACCGAUGAGGUGCCCAUCUACAAGAUCUUUGACGCUAUGCGUCUCCUUGAUACGGGAUUCGUGCUGCUCUCCGUGGUUCCAGACUCGAUCAAGGACUUCACGUACAGCUAUCCUGACCAAGGCGCCACGAUGGCCGACAUUGACAAGCGCAACGCCACGCUCAGGGCCGAGAAGAAGAACAUCCUCAGCGAGCCCAACAUUGGCGAUCUCAAGAUCCACAAAUGGUAUACUGAUGAGAUCUUUGCCCAACAGCAGUUCACAGGAACCAAUCCAGUCACCAUCCAGGUCGCGAGCGCCGCAUGGGUCCAAGGUUUCACCGAAGCCGCGACCAGCCAAAAGCUGACUGAGCAUGUCGCACUUCUCGACAGCGCCAGCAAGACCUCGUCGCUGUACGUCCAAGACUGCGGAUACUACCGUUCUGUCCUAGGCGUGUCCGCAAAUGCAGAGUUCAAGGCCGAUAACACCCCAAAGGACAAACCUCGCUAUGCCUCCUCCUCAGUGACGCUGUUCCAUCUUACAGAUUCGGGCAAGCUGCACCCUCUCGCAAUUGUGGUCGACUUCAAGGGAUCUAUCGAGAAGUCCGUCACUAUCUUCAACACACGCAAGAGCCCGGAUGAGCAGACAGACCAGGCAAACGACUGGCCGUGGCGAUACGCGAAGUCAGUUGCUCAGAGCUCGGACUGGCUGCAACACGAGCUCACCGUCCAUUUGACAAAUUGCCACCUCGUUGAGGAGGCCACCAUCGUCGCCAGCAAGCGGGCAUUUGCAACGAACCACCUCGUUUACCGAUGCCUCCAGCCACACUGGCUCAAGACGCUCUCAUUGAACGCCGCCGCCCGCGCGACCCUCGUACCAAGCGUCAUCAUACCAAUCGUGGGCUUGUCAGGGUCUCAGACGUACAGCUUCAUCCAGAAGGCCUAUCACAACUUCGACUGGCAGGCCAACUAUGUCCCAGCUGACCUCGAGCGGCGCGGCUUCCCGGUGAAGGACCUCCUGGACCAAAACAACGUCAAGUUCCACAACUACGCCUACGGUAAGCAGGUGCUGUUGAUGUGGCAGGUUCUGCGCAAGUUCGUUGCUAGUUUCCUCGCCAACGGGGGCCAGGGCUUCGACAUGGACGAGAAGGUGGCCGGGGAUGCUGGCAUCAAGCGCUGGUGCGACGAGAUGCGCAGCGACGAUGGAGGCCAGAUGAAGAGUUGGCCAGUCAUAGAGACUGUCGAUCAGCUCGUUGACUGUGUCACCAUGUGUGUCCAUAUCGCCUCGCCCCUGCACACGGCUGUCAACUACCUUCAGGAGUACUACCAGUCCUUCGUCGUCAACCGGGCACCCGCAGUCUGCGCGCCACUGCCGACCUCCCUGCAACAGCUCAAGGGCUUCAAGGAAAAGGACCUCAUGAACUCGCUGCCGAUCAACCGCCCCCAGGAGUGGCUUCUCGCGUCGCACCUGGUUCACCUGCUGAACUUCCGCGUCGCGGAGGACCAGAACAUCCUCAACUACGCCGUCUCCCUGUACCACCUGAGUGCCCCCGGGACCGGCAGCGGCGAGACGCACAUCCAAGGUGCGGCGAAGGCGCUGGUGGAUGAUCUGAUCGAGCUAGGCGACACGAAGGACAACGUGGGCAACGUCAUUCCGGGUGUGUUCUCCAAGAUCAGUGAGGCUCUGGACAACAAGGAGCUGCCGUACGACGUGUUGCAGCCUGUUGAUACGGCUGUGUCCAUUUUGAUUUAG